UUUUCAAAGCUUUCUAGAUUAAGUUUUAGUUUAGUUUUAGUUUAGAGGUUAGGUUUUGUGGAUGUGAACUAAUGUUUUGAAUAUAAAAAUGUGUUGCAUAAUAUGAUGGUUGUUAUGAUUUUUAAUAGAAAGUAAUCAAGAUCGUUUAAAAUUCAGUUUUUGUCAUUAUCUGUUCUUUUUUAUAUAAUUCUAGGUAUGAAGAAAUCAAAGGGUAGUAAAAAGAAAUCGAAGAAAAACUCAACGAAUUCACGUGAGGAUAACGACGACCACAUAAAAUACUUGGAGGCAUGGAAAAGUGACAAAAUUAAUUGGAAGUUUGAAAAAGUAAAACAAAUGAGGCUUCUAUCUGGCAUGUUCGAUGCUAAAAAGUUACCGGAAAACGUGUUUCCUUUAUUUGUGGAAUAUAUGAAAAAUUCAACUGGUAACGCCAGAAAAACUGCCGUGGACAAAGCUACUGAAAUUAUUGAUGAAAUGGAAAAAUGGACUUCAUUAACCGAGGAGGAUCAAGAGAAGGCUACUAAACCAGAUAUCGAGAAAUAUGAACGUGCAAGAACACUUAUACAAACUUUAGAAUGAUACUAUUAGUUUCCAUCCAUUUGACUGAAUCUGUUGUAAGAUUUAUUAUACCGUAUUUAAUCAGGAACCAUAAAUAAAGGUUUGUAAAUUUAAA